UAGUUUUUGACAAAGCCGAGGGCACUCUCAAAAUGUUGGUCUUGAGGCUUAGCUGCUUCUACAGCUGCGGCGAAUUAUUGAAUUGAAUGACAAAGGGAGGAGGAUGAAGGAUCUGUUCACACGUUAUUUUAUUUCCCAACUACCAAACAUCUCUCUCGAUUUCCCUCGGUGGCAAGCCAAACGCUGAAGCUUAGGUGGUGGAUGUGGAGCAAAGGCAAAGCCAGUUUUUCCUUCUAGUUGAGUUUAGACUUGGACCGUCAGUUUUUGACUUUUUUUGCAGAGCUUCUCACGCAAAGAGGCUCCAAGAAAUAAAUUUAAAUGACGAGGCUUACUCUCAAUGUCUCACCGAUGGCGUUUGGAGUCGCUUCUUCCAAUUGGUGGAACGAGAUCAAUGAGUCAACUAGUUGGCAAGAUGGGAUCUUCUUCGCUCUCUGUGCUGCUUACGCCCUUGUCUCUUUGGUUGCUCUGAUUCAAUUAAUCCGGAUUGAACUCAGAGUGCCAGAGUAUGGCUGGACUACGCAGAAGAUUUUCCAUCUUAUGAACUUCAUUGUUAACGGAGUGCGUGCAAUUGUGUUUGGAUUUCACAAACAAGUAUUUCUUUUCAAGCCAAAGGUGUUUACUUUGGCGUUGUUGGAUCUUCCUGGACUUCUGUUCUUCUCUACAUACACACUCCUUGUCCUAUUUUGGGCAGAGAUAUAUCAUCAGGCAAGAAGUCUUCCAACAGAUAAGCUCAGGCUUGUAUACAUUUUGGUUAAUUGUGGAGUAUAUUUGAUACAGGUUUGUAUUUGGAUAUACCUAUGGAUAAAUGACAACAGCACUGUGGAGGCCAUAGGAAAUGUAUUUAUCGCAGUUGUAUCCAUUAGCGCAUCACUAGGUUUCUUGCUGUAUGGAGGAAGACUAUUUUUCAUGCUGAGGCGCUUCCCUAUUGAAUCUAAAGGGCGGAGAAAGAAGCUUCAUGAGGUUGGAUUUGUUACAGCAAUAUGUUUCACCUGCUUUCUUAUAAGAACCUCUCUGGUUCUUUUAUCUGCCUUCGAUUCAGGUGCAUCUCUAGAUGUUUUGGAUCAUCCCAUUCUGGAUUUUUUCUAUUACAUGUUGGCUGAGAUCCUACCUUCAGCACUUGUCCUCUACAUCCUGCGCAAGCUCCCUCCUAAAAGGGUAUCGGCUCAGUAUCACCCAAUUCGAUAGUCCUGUCACAGAUUACCUUUGUUCUUCAUCAACAAACUCAAAGCACAUCUUGAGUUGCGGCUUAAGAGUAGACAGAGAAAGAGGCAUAGUGGAAGAAAGAUCCAGAUGUAUUAUUCUGGCAUAGCUCGUUGCCAGGGCAGUACUUUUGUAUGUAAAAUAUGUGGCGCUCUUUGCAGCUUGCGGAGAAGGAUUCGUUGAUCAGGUUACAACCAUUGAUUUUGAAGAGCUAUGGUGUCUGUUUUGGAGUUCCAUCCGGUUGACAAAUCAAGAGGGGUCUUCGUAUUUAUUUCGACAUGGCACUCUGCUGUUGGUGGGUGUGGGUCUUGAAGGGUAAAUUAUUAUUUUUUUCUAGGUUCAGUAGGGAACUUGGAGAAUUGUUUUAUUGGGGUCAUUUGAAAUGUGGGGUUCAUGUUGGAUUCUGUAGUUGAAUCUUCCUAGAAAUGAAUUUCCUUCUUCUACGGUGGUGAAUUUUCUGGUUUUUUAAA